AUGGCUAGUACCCAGUACUUGCUUCAUUUUGUUGGUUUCAACUCCAAAUUUGAUGAAUGGGUUUAUGAAAACGACAUAUUAGAGAUGAAUGAAAUUAAUUUAGCUCACAAGAAUAGGUUAUUAUCUAUGUUACGGAAACCUGCCAAAAGAUCAAAGAAAGUAAAUAAAUCUAAAAAAUCUAAUACUAAAAAAAAUGCUUCACCAAAACCAGCAUUGAGAAAAACAGAUAAGAUCUUAAAUAUUAUCCCAAACAUCAAUCCACAUUCAAAGCUUCUUGCCCACAAAUUGCAUAAUAUUGCUGUGUACCCCAUAGUUUACAAAAAGCAUUGUUUGUGGAUUUUGUGA